UUUCCGGACAAGACAGAUAAGAUAUCCCGACAUAGUGGCAUCUUGAUACCGCCAGGAAGGGGAAAAACAAACUCUAAAGAAUCAAAAAAUUUAAAAAAUUGGAUUUAUGCCCAACGGAUCACACCAACCAAGAAAAAGUUUUUUGUUUUGGUGCGGCCCGUAGCUACCUAUGAGAUAAUGGACAGUAUAAAUUUAGCAACACUCUUCCCACAAGAUCUCUUUCGGGAAAAGGAUAAUAUUCAACUUCGAGUUUUCAACUAUAUCCUUUAUGGAAAUGGUAAACCAACUCGAGGAAUUUCUGACACAAGUAUUCAAUUGGUUCGCACUUGUUUAGUCUUGAAUUGGGACCAAGACAACAAAAAUUCUUCCCUCGAGGAGGUCCGCGCUUUCGUUGUUGAAGUAAGUACAAAGGGUUUGAUUCGAGAUUUCAUAAGAAUUGGCUUAGUGAAAUCCCAUAUUUCGUAUAUAAGAAAAAGAAAUAAUCCGCCGGAUUCGGGAUUGAUCUCUGCAGAUUCCGUGAAUCCGUUUUAUUCGCUUUCUCCCAAGGCUGGCAUUCUUCAACAAUCGCUUAGACAAAAUCAUGGAACUAUUCGUAUGUUCAGAAAUAAGGAAUCCCAAUCUUUGUUAAUUUUAUCAUCCUCUAAUUGUUUUAGAAUCGGUCCAUUUAAUCAUGUAAAAUAUCACAAUGUUAUAAACCAAUCAAUAAAAAAAAAACCUCUAAUUACAAUUCAAAAUUCGUCGGGCCCCUUAGGAACAGCCAUUCAAAUUUCGAAUUUUUAUUCAUUUUUGCCUUUACUAACUUAUAAUCAGAUCUCUGUAAUUAAAUAUUUGCAACUUGAUAACUUCAAAUAUAUUUUUCAAAUAAUUCACUCUUAUUUAAUAGAUGAAAACGGAAGAAUUUUUAAUCUAGAUCCAUACAGUAACCUUGUUUUGAAUCCAUUCAAAUUGAAUUGGUAUUUUCUUCAUCAAAAUUAUAAUAAUUAUUAUUGUGAGGAAACGUCCACAAUAAUAAGUCUUGGACAAUUUUUUUGUGAAAAUCUAUGUAUAGCCAAAAAAGAACCAUACCUAAAAUCGGGUCAAGUUUUAAUUGUUCAAAGGGAUUCUGUAGUAAUAAGAUCCGCUAAGCCCUAUUUGGCUACUCCGGGAGCAAAAGUUCACGGGCAUUAUAGAGAAAUUCUUUACGAAGGGGAUACAUUAGUUACAUUUAUAUAUGAAAAAUCGAGAUCCGGUGAUAUAACCCAAGGUCUUCCAAAAGUAGAACAGGUGUUAGAAGUCCGCUCGAUUGAUUCAAUAUCACUGAACUUAGAAAAGCGGAUUAAGGGUUGGAACAGGUGUAUAACAAGAAUUCUUGGAAUUCCUUGGGGAUUCUUGAUUGGUGCUGAGCUAACUAUAGUGCAAAGUCGUAUUUCUUUGGUUAAUAAGAUUCAAAAGGUUUAUCGAUCCCAGGGGGUGCAGAUUCAUAAUAGGCAUAUCGAAAUUAUUGUACGUCAAAUAACAUCAAAAGUUUUGGUUUCAGAAGAGGGAAUGUCUAAUGUUUUUUUACCUGGAGAAUUGAUUGGAUUGUUACGAGCAGAACGCACGGGGCGUGCUUUAGAAGAAGCAAUCUGUUAUCGAGCCGUUUUAUUAGGAAUAACUCGAGCAUCUUUGAAUACUCAAAGUUUUAUAUCCGAAGCAAGUUUUCAAGAAACUGCUAGAGUUUUAGCAAAAGCUGCUCUUCGGGGUCGUAUCGAUUGGUUGAAAGGCCUGAAAGAAAAUGUUGUUCUAGGGGGUGUGAUCCCCGCCGGGACCGGGUUCAACAAAGGAUUGGUGCAUUGUUCACGGCAACAUACCAAUAUUCUUUUUGAAAAAAAAACAAAGAAUUUAUCUUUAUUAGAGGGAGAUAUGAGAGAUAUUUUAUUUUAUCACAGGGAAUUUUGUGACUCUUCUAUUUACAAAUCUGCCUUUUCUAGAAUUGAAUAAUUCCUAAUAGCAGAUUCCUGUUUUGAAUUUCAUGUUUUAUUGUUUGCUGUAGUCAUUUGCUUUAAUAAUUUGUUAACACUAAUAAAGAUAAUAAUGAAUACAAAAUAAUGGCUCGGCUCGUGCAUAAACGGACAAGAGAAGGUUCCAUUGGAACAAAUUUUUAUUUUAGUUUUGGGUACCCCCCUUUUAAGUGUGAAAAGAAAUGACAAAAAGAUAUUGGAACAUCGAUUUGGAAGAGAUGAUGAGAGCAGGAGUUCAUUUUGGGCAUGGUACUAGGAAAUGGAAUCCUAGAAUGGCACCUUAUAUUUCUGCAAAGCGUAAAGGUAUUCAUAUUAUAAAUCUGACUAGAACUGCUCGUUUUUUAUCAGAAGCUUGUGAUUUAGUUUUUGAUGCAGCAAGUAGGGGAAAACAAUUCUUAAUUGUUGGGACAAAAAAUAAAGCAGCUGAUUUAGUGUCGCGGGCUGCAAUAAGGGCUCGGUGUCAUUAUGUUAAUAAAAAGUGGCUCGGCGGCAUGUUAACAAAUUGGUCUACUACAGAAAAAAGACUUCAUAAGUUUAGGGACUUGAGAACUGAACAAAAGACAGAGGGAUUCAACCGUCUUCCGAAAAGGGAUGCAGCUGUGUUGAAGAGACAAUUAUCUCGCUUGGAAACAUAUCUAGGCGGGAUUAAAUAUAUGACGGGAUUGCCUGAUAUUGUAAUCAUCAUCGAUCAGCAAGAAGAAUAUACGGCUCUUCGAGAAUGUAUAACUUUGGGAAUUCCAACCAUUUCUUUAAUCGAUACAAAUUGUAAUCCCGAUCUCGCGGAUAUUUCUAUUCCAGCAAAUGAUGACGCUAUAGCUUCAAUUCGAUUCAUUCUUAACAAAUUAGUAUUCGCAAUUUGUGAGGGUCGUUCUAGCUAUAUACAAAAUUCUUGAUUAAUAAUAAGAUAAAUAAAUCAAUUUUUUUUGAGGGAGGGGCUCCCUGUAUUUCGAUUUAUAAAAUCGGUUACUAUUCCUGAAUCAUACAAAAGAAAAAGAGAUAAAAAACUGGGUAUAUUGUGUGAUUCGUUUAGUUGGUAUCCAAAACUAAAAUAAAAAUUCAAGUAAAUAAGUAAAAAAAAAGGGGGGGUCUUGAAUCAAAAUAAUUUAAAGUUCUUAUUUCUGUCAGAGGGCAAUAUGAAUGUUUUAUCAUGUUCCAUCAAUACACUAAUAAAAGAAGGGUUAUAUGAGAUAUCUGGUGUAGAAGUAGGCCAACAUUUCUAUUGGCAAAUAGGGGGGUUCCAAGUCCAUGCGCAAGUCCUUAUUACUUCUUGGGUUGUAAUUGCUAUCUUAUUAGGUUCCGCAGCUCUAGCGGUUCGCAAUCCACAAACCAUUCCAACUGGCGGCCAAAACUUCUUUGAAUUUGUCCUUGAAUUCAUUCGAGAUGUGAGUCAAACCCAGAUUGGAGAAGAAUACGGUCCAUGGGUUCCCUUUAUUGGAACCCUGUUUUUAUUUAUUUUUGUUUCUAACUGGUCAGGAGCCCUUUUACCGUGGAAAAUUAUCCAGUUACCUCAAGGGGAGUUAGCAGCACCAACGAAUGAUAUAAAUACGACGGUUGCUUUAGCUUUACUCACAUCAGUAGCAUAUUUUUAUGCGGGUCUUAGCAAAAAAGGAUUAGGGUAUUUCAGUAAAUACAUUCAACCAACUCCAAUUCUUUUACCCAUUAACAUCUUAGAAGAUUUUACAAAACCCCUAUCACUGAGUUUUCGACUUUUCGGAAAUAUAUUAGCCGAUGAAUUAGUAGUUGUUGUUCUUGUUUCUUUAGUACCUUUAGUGGUUCCUAUACCUGUCAUGUUCCUUGGAUUAUUUACAAGCGGGAUUCAAGCUCUCAUUUUUGCCACUUUAGCUGCGGCUUAUAUAGGUGAAUCCAUGGAGGGUCAUCAUUAACUAUUUUUUUUUUUCAAAUUUAGGUUAGCCCAAUUAUCGAAUAGUUGGUUUACGUUAUGUAAGAAACACUUGUAUAUGUCAUAUUUGAUAUUGACUAGGUAUAUAUAAGUUAAAGAUCUAUAUAAUCUGCCCCACUAUUUUUGUGAAUUUCUAUUUAGAUAACGAUUCGAUUAUAAGUUCUUACUUUUUAUCUGUGAAUUGGCUGAAAAAAACGAUCAAAAAAAGAACGAAGAAUUAAAAGAAAAGAAUGGUUCACAAAAAAGAAACGGCAUAAAAAAGUCGUAUAUAUAUAUAUUAUGCAUUUUUCAAAAUCCCGUGGAUAGGAACUAAUAUCAAAGUAAUUCUUAUCAAGUUUUUGGUUAUUUUGGCUGGAUGAAUCUUAGCGAUGACUUAAUUAUAAUUAAGUCCUAAGUCGUUGGAUGAUUGUAUCAUUAACUAUUUCUUUAUUUUGGUGUGAGGAACUUAUCAUGAAUCCACUGGUUUCUGCUGCUUCGGUUAUUGCUGCUGGGUUGGCUGUUGGGCUUGCUUCUAUUGGACCUGGGGUUGGUCAAGGUACAGCUGCGGGUCAAGCUGUCGAAGGUAUCGCGAGACAACCUGAGGCAGAAGGAAAAAUACGAGGUACUUUAUUGCUUAGUUUGGCUUUUAUGGAAGCUUUAACAAUUUAUGGCCUAGUUGUAGCAUUAGCGCUUUUAUUUGCGAAUCCUUUUGUUUAAUCCUAGAAAUAAUAAAAUUAGGAAUUUUUUUUUUCGUAGUUUUUUUUAUUCUAUCAAGAUUUCACUCCUACAAUUAUUCAUUGAGACAACAACCCUUGGGAAGGACUAAUUUGAGGAUGGGGAAUUAACACAUCGAUUCGCUUUCUUCCUUCCCCUUAUUCUUUUUAGUUUAAUGGAAAUUUUUUUUUAAGGAGUGUUGCGCAAAAAGGAGGUUUAGGUUUUUUAAAAUUGAUAUAAAACUUGGUCUCAAAUUCUAGCUUAAUUUUAAUUAAGUCUCAUUAUUAUUAUUGAAAAUUAAAAAUUUUUGGAAAAUAAAUUUGUAAAUAGAAUAGGUUUUUGAUUCUGUUUAUAAAUAUCCAAAUAGGUAAAUUAAAUUAUAAAUUAUUAAACGAAAUUUUCUUUUUAUUCAAAAAAACAAAGAAUAAAAAAAAAAAAGGACAGAGUUCUUUUUUUUUAUAGUUUAGCUAGAAGAGGAGAUUAUAUGAAAAAUUUAACCGAUUCUUUCGUUUACUUGGGUCACUGGCCAUCCGCCGGGAGUUUCGGGUUUAAUACCGAUAUUUUAGCAACAAAUCCAAUAAAUCUAAGUGUAGUCUUCGGUGUAUUGAUCUUUUUUGGAAAGGGAGUGUUAAAUGAUUUAUUAGAUAACCGAAAGCAGAGGAUAUUAAAUACUAUUCGAAAUUCAGAAGAACUACGUGAAGGAGCUAUUCAACAAUUAGAAAACGCCCGAGCUCGCCUGCGUAAAGUAGAAAUGGAGGCGGAUCAGUUUCGCGUAAAUGGAUACUCUGAAAUCGAACGAGAAAAAGUAAAUUUGAUUAAUUCAACUUCUAGGACUUUGAAACAAUUAGAAAAUUACAAAAACGAAACCAUUCUUUUUGAGCAACAAAGAACAAUUAAUCAAGUCCGUGAACGGGUUUUCCAACAAGCUUUACAGGGAGCUAUAGGAACCCUAAAUAGUUGUUUGAGUAAUGAGUUACAUUUACGUACUAUUAAUGCAAAUAUUGGUAUGUUUGGUACGAUGAAAGAAAUUACUGAUUAGCUCUUUCCUUACGAUUAUGAUAGGCAUUAUUUUUUUUUUUCUUCCAAAAAAGAAUUAGGACAAUACUCAUGGUAACCAUUAAAGCCGAUGAAAUUAGUAAUAUUAUCCGUGAACGUAUUGAGCAAUAUAAUAGAGAAGUGACGAUUGUAAAUACCGGUACCGUACUUCAAGUGGGCGACGGCAUCGCUCGGAUUUAUGGUCUUGAUGAAGUAAUGGCAGGUGAAUUAGUAGAAUUUGAGGAGGGUACUAUAGGUAUUGCCCUUAAUUUAGAAUCAAAUAAUGUUGGUGUUGUAUUAAUGGGUGACGGUUUGAUGAUCCAAGAAGGAAGUUCAGUCAAAGCUACGGGAAAAAUUGCUCAGAUACCCGUGAGUGAGGCUUAUUUGGGGCGUGUUAUAAACGCCUUGGCUAACCCUAUUGAUGGUCGAGGUAAGAUUUCAGCUUCUGAAUCUCGGUUAAUUGAAUCUCCUGCCCCAGGUAUUAUUUCGAGACGUUCUGUAUAUGAGCCUCUUCAAACAGGACUUAUUGCUAUUGAUUCCAUGAUCCCUAUAGGACGCGGCCAGCGGGAAUUAAUUAUUGGUGACAGACAGACCGGUAAAACAGCAGUAGCCACAGAUACAAUUCUCAAUCAACAAGGUCAAAAUGUAAUAUGUGUUUAUGUGGCUAUUGGUCAAAAAGCUUCUUCCGUGGCUCAGGUAGUGACUAGUUUACAGGAACGAGGGGCAAUGGACUACACUAUUGUGGUAGCUGAAACGGCUGAUUCCCCAGCUACGUUACAAUACCUCGCGCCUUAUACAGGAGCCAAGCUACUCAGAAUCAAUUGGCAAGAGGUCAACGAUUGCGUGAGUUACUGAAACAAUCCCAAUCAGCCCCUCUCACAGUGGAAGAACAGAUAAUGACCAUUUAUACCGGAACAAAUGGUUAUCUGGAUGGAUUAGAAAUUGGACAAGUAAGAAAAUUUCUCGUUCAGCUACGCACUUAUUUAAAAACAAAUAAACCUGAGUUCCAAGAAAUAAUAGCCUCUACCAAGACAUUAACCGCUGAAGCAGAAAGCUUUUUGAAAGAAGGUAUUAAAGAGCAACUGGAACGUUUUCUACUUCAGGAGAAAUUAUAAAAAAUAGAAAUAUAUUUAAGUUAAGUCUAUAUAUAAUAUAUAUAAGUAUAGAACUAAUAUCUGUAUAUGUUUAAUAUAAAAUCUUAAAGCAUUCAGAAUUUAUUUCUUAUUAUAUUUAUUUUUUAUAAAUUUUCUAAACAGAAUAAAAAUAUUCUUAUAAUA